CGUCUCCCCGCUUUCAACAAACGCGCACACCGAGGCGUUGGCCAGCAGCGGAGAGGAAUUAUCUGGUGUUGGGCUGUGUUCCGUGAUUGACUGAUUCUGAUUGGUGAUUGUUUGCGAUGGUUGAGAAGCUGCUGGAUGGCGGUAAGGAAGCACAACGCCCAUCCUCACAGCUGGACCAAUCUUGAUCUGUGUUUCUGUCGCAUUGACUGACGCAGCUGAUGGCUCCGCUGGUGACAGCAAGGGCGGGACGAGCGCCGCGCAUCAUGACGGUGAGGUGCCGCCGAUGGUGAAGCCGACCAAGGCGUACAAGAACCAGGAGUGGCUCAACAGCCGCGCCGCACGGCACAUGCGCAUCAUGUGCGAAUACCUCGAGACCAAAGACAGGUACGUAAGGACGGUUGGUACCUACUGCUACUUACUGCCCUGGUGGCAGGCACACAUUCAUUCAACAGACAGACAGACAUCCGCCGCUCGAGUGGUGGUUGACUGAAUCUGUCAGGCUGUGCUGUCUGUUGUCUCUCCCGCCGCCCGUCAGGUUGAAGCGUCACAAUGUGCACUGCACCAUUCUGUUCUUCGGCUCGGCCCGCUGCUUCCCUCACAAGGAGUACCAGCAGCAGCUCACAGAGGCCAAACAGGUCAGCUUAGCAGACAGGCACACAGACAGGAGUCAUGCGACGACACCACACGACACACGCUCAAACAGCGCAGCGCAGCCUGACGCCUGUGUCUGCGUGGCUGUAUACGUAUGUCUGUAUGUGAUCGGCCAGGCUGUCGAGAGCGCCAAGAGCUUCGGUGACGCCAAGAAGGUAGAGGAGGCCGAGGCGAGGUACCACCGCAUUCACAAGCUCGAGUGGAUGUGCGACUACUGGGACAAAACGUACCUCCUCGCAAAGAAACUCACAGGUAGGGCCAACGAUCAUCUAUGGCACUCAGCGCAAACCCGUCUCUGUGUGUGUGUGUGUGUGUGUGAAUGUGUGUGUGCAGAGUGGGCGAUGACCGACACGUCGCGCCGUGCGAUCUGGCGGAUAGUGGAGGAGCUAGACGACCCGGUGGCCGACGAUGACGAGCCGUCCACACACCUCAGACGUACUCAGCACACCCAUCACAUCACACACAACACAACCAUCGCAUACAUACAUGUCCAUCGCAUCCAUCCGUGUGUGCGGAGAUACGAUACAUGUAUGUAUGGUGCGUAUGGUGCAGAUCACGCCCGUGAGCACAUGCGUGACAGCAUUGGUCCGGGUGACCUGUCCCCCCAGCAGCGCCAGAAGGUGGCGCACUCACCCAGCCCACUCAUCAUCUGCACGGGAGGCGGACCGGGGUACGUGACGUCACAGAGGAGGGAAUGAAGCAAACGCUCAAACACCACGUGGACUGGACACUUACUUGGCUGUGUCUGUCAUGUUGCCCCCCCCUUGUAUGUACGUACGUAUGUGUCAGUUUGAUGGAGGCGGCCAACAAGGGCGCCUACGACGUGCCGGGGGGGCGAUCAAUGGGUCGGCAUAGAUAGCAUAAGGGGAGGGGAGGGGGCACGCAUGGCAUUCGCGGGCUUGUGUGUAUGUAUAUAUGCCUGUGUUGCAGGUAUGGGGAUCAGUCUGCCGUUUGAGCCCGGGCUGAAUCCCUAUGUGACGCCCGAGUUGGGUUUCGAGUUCCACUACUUCUUCACUCGCAAGUUCUGGAUGGUCUACUGCACACUCGGUGAAACAGAGAGGCCAAGAGGGAGGCAGGGAGGGAGAGGGGGAGAGACGGACGGACGCAGCACACGUGACGUAUGUCUGGUCUGUGUGUGUGUGAACAGCGUUGGUGUGCACUCCCGGCGGCCUCGGGACACUCGACGAACUGAUGGAGGUGCUCACACUCAAACAAACCGGUAAGGGGACGGGCGCCGCAGUACACACACACCGUCCGCAGCAGCGCGUGUGCAUCCGUUUGUCUGCCUGUUGGUUUGGUUGGCGCCGACAGGGAAGAUCAAGCGCAGCAUUCCGAUCGUGCUGUUUGGAUCCAAGUUUUGGAAGACAGUGCUGAAUGUGGAUGCCUUGGUGGAGUACGGCACCAUCUCAUCCAAAGACAGAGACCAACUGUAAGCCUACUCGCUCGCCCACAGAGGGAGGGAGCCGUACGUAUGGCUGCAUGCAUGUAUGCAUGUUGAUUCCAUCCUUUUCUGUCUGUCUGUCUGUCUGCGCCCCGCCCCCUGCGUGGCCUGGCCUGCAGGUUUUACACUGACAGUGUGGACGAGGCGUUCGAGCACAUCACAUCAAUGAUCGCCAGCGAUGCGUAAGCACCCAACCAACUUGACACACGAAUUAAACUCUCUUCUCUAUAUCGUCUGUCUGUCUCUUGUGUGUGUGAUGAUACGUAUCUGUCAGUUUGUUGCUGGGCAAAAAGUCACGGCCCGGCUCCUCCAAACAGCACAGGUGACGGAGCGACGCCUGCCCGGUGGUGGCGCCAGGCGAUUGCUUUCCCUGCUGACUGACACGUCCCCAUCCCCCCACAUUUUUGCCGCUGCCUGCAUCGCAUCCACUCAGCCAUACCCCACACCCAGCCAUCCAGCCAUCCAUGUUUUGAUUUAU